UUCACGGUGCUGCAUUUUGACCCGGAAGAUCAAUAUACUGUGUGUGUGUUAUGGAAAUAGGCGUUGUGGCAGUAGGUACAUCGUAUGUACUCGGCCGGCCGUAGAACGUACGUGCACAAAAGUGAGUGACCGAUACACACGUCGAAGUGAACUUCAGCCAAUAUUUGUUUGCCAUUUUUACCGCAUUUUCAGACAGAUAAGAACACCACAAUGUUCACUGGUACUUAAAACAGUAUCAACUGUGUCCAUGGAUUAAUUUGUAACGGUUUGAUCGGUUGUUUUUGGAGGCGUUUUCUUGCCCUUGGAUUUACCAUGUGUCAAAUUCGGAAUGGCUGCUGAUGUCCGAGCGCGGAUUUCCAGCAGUACCGGCAGCAACCCUCCAUUUAGCAGGACAUUUCAUCAACAUCGACCGGCAAAACGGACGUUGAGUCGCCCGAUCGCUUUUCGUGGAUUUAUCGUCACCAAUCGUUGUGGAUUUUUACGGUUCCUCUGACAUCAUCUGUGGCUCCUGUGUGUGCCUCUACUCUCGAGGUUUUCUCUACCCAAGCCGUCCCGUCGACCGGGGUGUGGGGGUAGUUUUUAGCGAUUUUAACAAUGCGUGUUUAUAUGAUAAUGGGGACAGUAGUUUACAGGACACAUCGAUCCUGGUUGUCACGGCUAUUCCUUCUAUGUAUUACCCUUUUUAUGGUCUGGACAGUUCUUCUUUCACUGCAGUUAAAAAGUGUUUUUGAAGUUCCCGUCAACCGUGGCCCUCUACAGCAGCACACACACAUCCUCGGUGUGCUAAGGGAAGAAACGAGGGGAAGUCGGGCGGAGAGGGGUAUAAAGGAGAACUCAGCAGAAAAUACCAGAUGCCUUUUUAGAAGAGGAAAGACGUCGUUAGAAAAAGAAGGAUCCAGCACAGCUUUUAAUGUUUGUACAGAGCCAACGUUUGCCAGUCCAGACGACAGAGUGCAAGUCAAUUUCUCAGGUGUUUCGAUAGACUUUAUAAACAGGAAGAUCCUAAACAAUCGAACUUUUGCCAAAAUACGGCGUUUUAACCGAGAGGCGCAGAGCGCCCUCGACGAAACAAGGCGGAAAAACCUGAAAGAUGUGAUCAGGCGUUCAAAGACGUGUUUACGAGGUUCCAUUGAUGUGGAUGAUUAUAUAUACACACCAGGAGGCCACUGGAGGCCCAGGAAUUGUGAACCGCGAUGGAAGGUAGCAGUUAUAGUUCCGUUCCGGGACCGAUUUACACAACUACCUAUCUUCCUCCGUCAUUUAGUGCCCUUUCUAAAAGCUCAACUCUUAGAGUUUGGUAUUUAUGUCAUAGAGCAGAAUAAUAAGGAACCUUUCAAUAAAGCGUUCCUUAUGAAUGUAGGAUUUUUAGAGUCGCUACGAUUCAACGAAUGGGAUUGCUUCGUUCAUCACGACGUGGACCACAUACCACUCAGCUAUGCAAAUUACUACGGCUGUGGUCAGAUGCCUCGCCACUUCAUGUCCGGCGAGGAUACUUGGGAUUACAAAAUAUUGUAUCCGGACAUCUUUGGCCAAGUCUUUGGGGUGACCAAGAAGCAGAUGGAGGUGAUCAACGGCUUCCCCAAUGUUUACUGGGGCUGGGGCGUGGAAGACGACGCCAUCUAUGGCCGCAUCCUACUGCAUGGCUACAAUAGAACACGCCCCGUAGGGGAGGUGGGCUUCUAUAAUACGAUACGACAAGAUCAUAAGCAGGCAGAGAGCAACAAAGUUAGGCACUGUCUUCUAAGGCAUGGUAGGGAACGCGUAGAUAGUGACGGUCUGUUCAACAUCUGGUAUCCGGUGCCCCAUGUGACCCUGGAGCCGCUGUACGUCAACGUCUCAGUGGACAUCAGAGAUCUUCCCUGGAACACAACGUGGACGUCUUGUCAGAACAAUGCCGUUUCCAAUGCUCUGGGCACGCUAGAUUUCUUCUUCAAUACGUUCCUCGGAUUUAAGCACUUCUUUAAGAAGUAAAACACCCUUCCCCCAUCCCCCCCCCCCC